CUGCAGAGUAAUUUACACCAAGCCUGAAGGCGGAAGUCAAAGUCAUAAAAGUCAGGAAGGUUUUUCCCUGUCCUCCUGUAUUUAGUGCAGAUCUUAGUUUGGAUAAAGCCCUGUGGGUUCAGGUCCUCGUCUCAGCAGCAGCAGCUUCUCCUGCAGCAUCAUGAAAAUAGCAGCCUUCAACAUCCAGAAGUUUGGAAGAAGCAAAGUGUCAGACCCCAACGUCCUCAGCAUCCUGACUAAGAUUGUGUCUCGAUAUGACAUCAUUCUGAUCCUGGAGGUGGUGGACGGCAGCGGGAAGUCCAUAAAAACCUUCAUGGACGCGCUCAACAGAUCCAACAGGAAGCAUCACUACACACUGAAGAUCAGCACUCGUCUGGGCAGAACAUCCUACAAGGAGCAGUUCAUGUUCCUCUACAGGGAUGAUCUGGUUGACUUGGUGGAUACCUACCAGUUUGAUGAUGUGGUGACAGAAGGAGCAGAUGUUUUUGAUCGAGAUCCCUACAUCCUGCGUUUUAGAUGCCACAGUACAGUGCUGAAGGACCUGGUGAUGAUCCCAGUUCACACCAAACCGGAGGACUCGGAGAAGGAGCUGGAUGAACUGUACGAUGUAUUCGAGCACGUCAAGAAGAAGUGGAGCACUGACAACAUAAUGAUGCUGGGCGACUUCAACGCAGAUGGCUCGUACGUGUCCAACCGUGACAUGAAGAACAUUCGCAUUCGUAAAGACAAAAACUUCCACUGGCUGAUUGGAGAUGAUGUGGACACGACAGCAAGCCCCAAAAACACCCACACCUACGACAGGAUCGUGAUCUAUGGAGACGACAUGCUGAGCGCUGUGGUACCAAACUCGGCCAAAGCCUUCAACUUCCAGGAGGCUUUCAACCUCACUGAGGAGCAGGCUCUGAAAGUGAGUGACCAUUAUCCUGUGGAGGUAGAGCUGAAGUCCAAAGUCGGGACUAAAUGAGACGGUGGGAGGACACGGUGUAGGUUCCAGUCCUGGCGGCGAGGAUGAGGCUGGACCUAAAACUUUAAUGUUACUGUCUAAAUGUUACUAAGCAGCUGUUCUGGGGUUUUCUUUAAUAAUAAUAACAGAUUCUACAAGAUUACAAGAAUUAUCUUAAAGGUUUUGUAAAUAUUUUAAAAGUGAUUUCCUGCAGCAGCCAUGACACAUCUGUUCUGGGCUCUCAGCAUGAGUAAUAUAUAAGCUAGUGUCUAACUACUGGUUUGUAGUUUUCAUAGACUGUAUAUGAAAGAUGGAAAUAGCCACUGUGACAUCACCCACUGGUUUGCAAAGUGCUGUUUUUACAGUCAUCAGGGGAGUGUAUCAGCCUCCACUUCUACCAUCUAAACUUUGUGAAACUGCUCUUUCCUCCUUUUUGACACUAACGGGACCAUAAUUCACAAAAUAAACUUCAAUAAAAAAUUUAAAUUAGCCACUGAGGCCAUAAACACGCAAGGAAAAUCUUUACGGAGGAAAAGAAGCAGGAUUAUUUUCCUUUACAUUUGUAAGCGCAAACAUUUUUUUUCUCCAAUCAGAGAUCGCCCCCUGCUGGCCAUUACAAAGAAUGCUUAAGGCAGCACCAUCUUUUAUAUACAGACUUUGGUACCAAUUAGACUGUCAAUAGCAAAAUGAGCCGUAUGGAGUGGGAAAAUAUGCAAAACUGAUAUUUUUGAGUAUGUUAUCUUUUCAAGUAUUUUUAAGUUUCAAUGAGCCUUAUUAGCAUGAACACGCGCAUGUCCAAUUCUGCCUGCUCAUGUAAUCAGGGUUUGUGAUAAUGCUUUUAAUAAAGGGAAGGUUUCAUAGCAGAACUACAACAGCUGUUUCUGGU